AUAUUAGUCGAAGAGUGCACUUGAUGGAACCAAGGUGUCGUCGAGUACAGUUGUCAAGAUCAUUGUCGUAUCUAUCUUGUUUGGAAGCAAGUGCUUUUAAUAACAGUACAUAUUUUCGACCAGCCUUGUACAUAAGCAUAUAUACAUACAUAUUUAGAAUGGGGGAGAUAACGGAGAGUGAGCAACUUGUGUUAGUCAAGUUUAAAGAAAAUUUGUCGGACCUGGAUCUUGUAAACAACAAUUUUCUCUCUGAUAUCCAGCUCAUUCGCUGGCUAAGAGCAAGGGAUCUCGAUGUGAAGCGUGCUGAGCAUAUGCUUAGAAAUACUUUGGCUUGGCGUGAGAAGAAUGACAUCAAAAAUUGUCUGAACCAAACUAUCCCAGAAUCAGUUCGAGCAGAAUUUCCAGUUGAGACCGUGGGAUACGAUAGAGAAGGGAACCUCUUAGUUUAUAUUCCGUUCGGAAAAAUGGACAUGAAGAAAGGCUUGAGAGAAGUGGGGAAAGAAGGUAGCAACAAUAUGCGAAAUUACUAUUUGGAAACAAUUUUUGGAGCCAUAUUGAAUAAGAAUCCAAAGAACAAGAUGCAACGUGCCUCCCUGAUUGUCGACUUCAAAGGACUGACAUAUAUGCAGUUUGCAAGCUUGGAGGUUUUUGAGUAUCUCAUGACAAGCAUUCAGAUUUUCGAGCAGCACUACCCUGAACUUCUUAGCACCGGAUUUGCAAUCAACACACCAAGUGUCUGGAAUAUGCUGUGGACUAUGUUAAAACCUAUGUUGCAUCAGAAAACUCAAGAUAAAGUUGUGAUUACGGGAUCUGAUCCACAAGUUAUAACAGAAGUUCUUGAAAAAUAUAUUUCGAAGGAUCAGUUUCCUGAAAAAUAUGGAGGCUAUGUCAAAUUGCAAUAUCCGGAGCCUGUAACUAUAAACAAGGACGACAACCAGAAUGACCAACCAACAUUGCCUCCACCCAGCAAAUCUUUCUUUAAAAGUAUAAUUGGCAAUUUUAAAAGCUGAUGUUGAGAAAUUCAAUCAUUUUCUUAUCAAUCAUUUAUCAAUUCAAUUUCCGUAUACUGAAUUUUAAUAAUGUAAAUAUUUAGAUAAUCUAUUUCGUGAUUGUGUACAUAAUUCUCUAAUAUUUAUUCGCAUUUUAGUCAAUUUGAACAAUGUGAGUGAAAAAUAUUAAACGGGAUUUAUGUAUGUGAAGA